AUGGCGCAAUCUCCAUAUUCUGCUCAUCAGUCUUCCGCCCGCUCCUCUCCUUCCCAGUCCCUGCACGCCACUAGUCCGCCGGGCUCAGUCGACACCCUUGUCUCGUACCUGGUCGCUUCCAAGCGUUCCUUGGGCAGCAUUCAUCUUGUCCAUCGAGCCACAACCAUCCUCUCCGAAGCACGUGCAUCCGUCGAGUCGAGCACCGCGCUCCUCGCCAAAACAACCUAUCUCCGUCGAUCGUUGACCUCGCAGUUGAAACUAUUACGUACUAUUCAAUUUGAGUUGGAAACAGCUGCCCAAGGGGUGCAACAGGAGUUCCAGGCCGUGGUCAAAGAGUUGGACGAGACCGGUGCAAGACUUCUAGAGUCGAUCGACUUGCUGAGGGAGACAAAAGUCGAGGAGGCGUUCAAGUCCAGUGCCGAGUCAGAAGAUGUCGCUGGCAAAGAGACUCUACACGACUUUGUCGAUGACACAGGGGUCGAGAACAUUAGGCAGGCCAUGGAAGUGGCCAUCGACAAUGUCCAAAGUUCUCAGCAUGAAAUGAACCAGUCCAUCCAGACCCUCGAGGAAGAUUUGCAGUCAAUCAAUGAAGUGCUCAAUAAUAGGGUGGAAACCUCAGGCACUGAGAGCGAACUGCAGCAGCCUACCAUACCUGACAUCCUGCCCUUGUUAGAAAGUCAUGCAAGAGAAAUGGCCCAAGCGCUCGAAAGUCUCGUCAGACACUUCGACCUCUGCGCCACGGCGAUAAAACACACCGAGGGUGGCGGCGAAGCUGUCGUCCAAACCAUGAAAGGAGACGCCGAAGACCUCCCCGAAGCUGUCGGCAUGGGCAUGGAUGAACUUCAGGCCCCGGCACAACCGAUGAACGAAGAGGAACGUCUAGAGAUGCUACAGGUACUAGAAAACGACGCCGCCGAGGUCGACGACGUGGUCAUGGAGAUCCAGGACCGCCAUGCUGAGAUGGAAAUGCAGCUCGACAAGAUCGCGCAAUGGCGAGAACGACAAGAGAAUGCCUAUGCAGACGCUGCUACUGCCUUCACUCUGCUGGACAAGAUCUCCGGACGACUGUCUGCCUACAUAGCGGAAUCUGCGCGCCAUGCGAUGAGAUGGAGUGAGGAAAGGGCUAAGAUCGACGACGGCAUUGGUGGCAUGGAAGAAUUGUGUAAUUACUACGCUAAUUUCCUGCACGCAUACGAUGGUCUCAUUAUCGAGGUGGCCCGGCGUAGGACGGCCAAGAAGCAAAUGGAGCGUAUCGUGAAUGACGCCCACACCCAACUCGAACAACUCUAUGAGCAGGAUCGCAAGUUGAGGUUGGAGUUCAAGAGCGAUCUGGGAGAAUACCUCCCUAGCGAUAUCUGGGAUGGAGUGAACGCUCUGCCGCCCAGGUUUGCCAUCAACCGGGCCGACGAGGAAGGCUUUGUUGCCAGUGUGCCUGAGCUGCCUAGGAAGACUGUCGAAGAUGCCUUGAGGAGGUUGAAGGGCCGAAGGUAA